UACAACACCAACUGAAAGAAUGAUAACAACACCAACUGAAGGAAUGAUAACAACACCAACUGAAGGAAUGAUAACAACACCAACUGAAGGAAUGAUAACAACACCAACUGAAGGAAUGAUAACAAAAACUGAAGGAAUGAUAACAACAACAACUGAAGGAAUGAUAACAACACCAACUGAAGGAAUGAUAACAAAGCCAACGAACAGAAAACUAAAAAUUCGUACGAAAAGAAAAUGACACCAACAAAAAUAAUAAGAGCGUCAACAAAUGGUAAUACAUAUGAUAUAUAACACCCAGGAAAAUAAUGACAACAACACCGACUUAUGGAUCGAUAACCAUUACCAAGUGGAAUGGCAACGACAACAACAACGAGAUGAAUGAUAACAACGAGAUGCGUGACAACAACGAGAUGAGUGAUAACAACGAGAUAAGUGAGUGACAAUGAGAUGAGUGACAACGACGAGAUGAAUGAUAACAACGAGACAAAUGAAAACAAUGAGAUGAAUGAUAACAACGAGACGAAUGAUAACAACGAGACGAAUGAUAACAACGAGACGAAUGAAAGCAACGAGUUGAAUGAUAACGACGAGAUGAACGAUAACAACGAGAAGAACGAUAACAACGAGAAGAAUGAUAACAACGAGAAGAGUGAUAACAACGAGAAGAAUGAUAACAACGAGAAGAGUGAUAACAACGAGAAGAAUGAUAACAACGAGAAGAAUGAUAACAACGAGAAGAAUGAUAGCAACGAGAAGAAUGAUAACAACGAGAAGAAUGAUAACAACGCGAUGAAUGAAAACAACGAGAUGAAUGAUAACAACGAGAUGAAUGAUAACAACGAGGUGAAUGAUAACAACGAGAAGAAUGAUAACAGCGUGAUGAACGAUAACAACGAGAUGAAUGAUAACAGCGUGAUGAAUGAUAACGAUAUGAAUGAUAACAACGAUAUGAAUGAUAACAACGAGAUAAAUGAUAACAACGAGAUGAAUGAUAACAACGAGAAAAAUGAAAGCAAUGAGAUGAAUGAUAACAACGAAAUGAAUGACAUUAACGAAAUGAAUGAUAACAACGAAAUGAAUGAUAACAACGAAAUGAAUGAUAACAACGAGACGAAUGAUAACAACGAGACGAAUGAUAACAAUGAUAUGAAUGAAAAUAAAGAGAUGAAUGAUAAAGAGAAGAAUGAUAACAAUGAGCUGAAUGAUAACAAUGAGACGAAUGAUAACAAUGAGAUGAAUGAUAACAAUGAGAUGAAUGAUAACAAUGAGAUGAAUGAUAACAAUGAGAUGAAUGAUAACAUUGAGAACGAGAUGAAUGAUAACAACGAGAUGAAUGAUAACAACGAGACGAAUGAUAACAAAGAGACGAAUGAUAACAACGAGACGAAUGAUAGCAACGAGACGAAUGAUAACAACGAGACGAAUGAUAACAACGAGAUGAAUGAUAACAACGAGAAGAAUGAUAACAACGAGAAGAAUGAUAACAAGGAGAGGAAUGAUAACAACGAGAAGAAUGAUAACAACGAGACGAAUGAUAACGAGAUGAAUGAUAACAACGAGAAGAAUGAUAACAACGAGAAGAAUGAUAACAACGAGAUGAAUGAUAACAACGAGAAGAAUUAUAACAACGGGAAGAAUGAUAACAACGAGAUGAAUGAUAACAACGCGAUAAAUGAUAACAACGCGAUGAAUGAUAACAACGAGAUGAAUGAUAACAACGAGACGAAUUAUAACAACGAGACGAAUUAUAACAACGAGAAGAAUGAUAACAACGAGAAGAAUGAUAACAACGAGAUGAAUGAUAACAACGAGAUGAAUGAUAACAACGUGAUGAAUGAUAUCAACGAGAUGAAUGAUAACAACGAGAUGAAUGAUAUCAACGAGAUGAAUGAUAACAACGAUAUGAAUGAUAACAACUAUAUGAAUGAUAUCAACGAGAAGAAUGAUAACAACGAGAAGAAUGAUAACAACGAGAUGAAUGAUAACAACGGGAUGAAUGAUAACAACGGGACGAAUGAUAAUAACGAGAUGAAUGAUAACAACGGGAUGGAUGAUAACAACGAGAAGAAUGAUAACGAGAAGAAUGAUAACAACGAGUAG